UUAUCAGGAGGUGUCAAUAAGUUCAGACCCCAUUCCCGAGCACGCCUCAGUCGCUUGCCAACCAUCGAGUCGAGAUGAGCUCCGCGUGGAAGUUGUUUGCAUUUGUCGUUUGCCUGGCUGUCGGCCCAGCUGUCCAAGCUGGAUCGGAGCUGCCCAUUGUCUCGCGGCAAGAAUGGCGAGCUCGAGCGCCCAGCGGAGAGAUGACAGCGAUGACGCUGCCAUUGGCUCGUGCUGUUAUUGCUCACACGGCUGGGCGUGGUUGCAGUGAUGACGUGAGCUGUGAUAACCUGGUACGCAGCAUUCAGUCAUACCAAAUGACGAGAGCGAAGUAUUCGGAUAUUAGUUAUCAUUAUCUGAUCGGAGGCAACGGGCGUAUCUACGAGGGACGCAGUCCAAGUCAACAGGGCGCCAUUGCAGCGGGUAACAAUGCGGGCAGUUUGGCCAUUUCCUUUAUGGGCAACUUUGAUGAGGAGCCGCCAACGGAUGCGGCACUGGCUGCUGGCCAAGCCUUGCUGACGCACGCUGUGGACAAGGGGCAGCUGGUCGAGGAGUAUCAGUUGAUGGGACAUCGCCAGUUGAGCGCCACGAAAAGUCCCGGCGAUGCACUCUAUCUAAUUAUUCAGAAGUGGCCGCAUUAUGACAGCAAUUUAAUAAUUUAAGGUUGUUAUUAGAUUUCG